AUGAAUGGACCAAUUGCGCUGCAGAUGCUUCUGCCACAGAGCAUGAGGCUGAAAUUGGUGGGUGGUGGAUUCCAGACGGCUUGGAAUCGAUCCCAGCUAACGAAGCUCUUCGCUGCAACCCUGCAUUGCAGCAGCGUUGCAGCGUUUGAGGCGUUGGCUCAAUUAGUGUUGUUGGUGCUUCGUUGUGACGAGUUGCCGCGACGUGUUGUCACGACCUUGGUGUUGCAAGCCGCAUGCGGCUUGGCGUAUGACGAUUCAGAGGCUUGCUUCAAAGAUGAUACGCUUGGUGCCGGUGAGACCAACGGCGAGCUCGCUAAUUUGCUUUGUCGCAACAGCUUGCCAGACAUGAGCUGGCUGGUUGACAAAUUUGAUUUGGAUUUUUCAGUGGUGUCGAAGCUGUCGUGCCACUCGCGCGCCCGGACAAGCAGGACCAAAGAUUCGACACCUGGUAUGGCAAUUACCUAUGCUUUAAUGCAGAUGGUGGAGAAAGUUGCUGAAGUUUCGGACCGAGCUCGGCUUGUGACAAAGGCGGAGGUCUUUCAGCUCUUAUUGAGGGAUGGGAAUGUUGUCGGUUGCCAGUACCGGAAGUCUGGAUGCUCCAGCAAAGAAUACGGGCCCGUGGUUCUUUGCACAGGCUUGAGCCCUGUGAAUUAUAUUAUAUAUGUGAGGUUAUCAGCCCUUUCCUCCAACGCCUGUUUUGCUCAAGAGAACAUGCUGCUGCCACUAUGUUGGUGA